UCCAGUGAAUCGCCUGCAAGGACUAAGUGCGGCGGCAAAACCAGCGUAGAAGGAUCGUGUUACCAUCAAACACCUCUCUUGGAGUGCUUUCAUCUCGGGAACUCCGCUCUCAAACACUGUUUUCUUGGAUUACUACUUCAUUCAGUAUAUAUAUACAUAUACCAUGGGCCCGGUUGAAAACAAUGGGAAAAAAGAAUAGUAAAUUAAAGCCAGAAGAAAUCGAAGAACUUAAGAGAUCUACGUACUUUGCUGAGGGAGAAAUAAGGCAAUGGUACAAAGGGUUCAUGAAAGAUUGUCCUGACGGUAAAUUAACCCUUGAGGGUUUUACGAAAAUCUACCAACAGUUCUUUCCAUGCGGCGACCCCAGCAAAUUUGCCUCUUUCGUCUUCAACGUGUUUGACGAAAACAAGGAUGGGUUUAUUGAAUUUCACGAAUUCUUGCAAGCUUUAUCUGUGACGUCUCGAGGCAAUGUGGAAGAGAAAUUAAAGUGGGCGUUUAAACUGUAUGAUCUAGACAGUGAUGGUUUCAUCACAAGAACCGAGUUACUGGAUAUAGUGGACGCGAUAUACAAGAUGGUGGGUGGUAUGGUGAAACUACCAGAGGAGGAAAAUACUCCAGAGAAAAGAGUAAACAGAAUAUUCGAAGUGAUGGACAAGAAUCGAGAUGACAAACUGACGUUUGACGAAUUUCUCGAAGGAUCUAAAGAGGAUCCGACUAUAAUCCAAGCGUUGACACUGUGCGAUGCCGGAAGAGGCUGACAAACCCACACAUAUCGCAGUCGUUCAGUGCAGCUGCGGACAGAUUCUCAACCAUAACACACCCCAUUCGCUGGUCAUUACCAUACAAAAUCCAUUAUGGCCAAUGGACCGCCAGUAUGGAUUGUUUGUCUCUUAACAAACUUUCAAUCAGGAUUCAAUUAAUUCUGAGGGAGUUAAACUAUACUUGAUUUCUGAUACAGUUUGUUUUAAGCGAAACAUGCUGCAUGGAAAUGUAUAGAAGAUACAUGACUUUUCUAUGUAUUAAUUAAUGCAACGACUUAUUCUGUGGUGUUCCUGAGGAUUUAUAAUAACCAGCGGCCUAACAGUGUAUAUAAUGUGGAUACUAAUCCAAAAAGAAUGUUGACAAUAUUUAAAACAUAUAUAUAUAUAUAAAUAGAGAAUACUAUAUUCGUGUCCGUUUGCUAGGUUCAGACUACCAACUGUUACAACGAAGUUGACCAACUCUUCUAUCUCACGACUUCUACGACUGUCCAGUUGCUAGUCUGAGCGCUCUUACAACUGGAUUCUCGUCGUAUGCAAAUCCUACGACCGAUCAGUUGUUAAUCUGAGCGCACCCGUCGUAAGUCGGGAGUUGGGAAAUUACAACGUAAACGUCGAGUUGUCCAACUUUGUCGUGACAGUUGGUAGUCUGAACCUAGCGUAACGGACACGAAUGUAGUAUUCUGUUUCUUACAUAAUCUUAAACAGACAGUUUUAAAAUAUAUUUAAACACCUAUUCCAACUUAGACCUAUUUACAGCCCUAACGCUUGUAGUUAACAGACAAGUUAAUUUCAGGUUAACUUGUUCCUCGAUUUUGAUCAUGCUUUUUUUUUCAUUAGAUGGUAUGGCAUUGGCGACGUGAGCCCAGAGCCGGUUUAAGGAUCCACGGGAGAGGGGGAAAAAAUGACCUGGGCAAAAUAAGUGUAUACAUCACCGCGGUGCCCACUGAAACGCGGGGGGGCCGUAGCACGUGCUUCAUGUGCUACUAUGAUAAAUCGGCUCUGCGUGAGCUCCGUUUUACGAAGUGAUCUUAGCGCUAAUAUCACUUUAAGUGCAUAAAGUAGUUAUACUUAAGGUUAUCCUAGCGCUAAGAUUUCUUCAUAAAACGGGGUCUUAGACCUGUUUCACGAAGCGAACUUAGUGCUAAAGUCACCCAUCUAUAGGCGUACGGGCUCCCAUUUUUGUAGGGGAGGAGGCCGAUUUUUGCCCGAAUUGAAGAAAACCCCGCCGAAUCUGGAUUACAUCAUUUAUUCAUAUUAACAUUGCUAUCAAACAGCUAUGUAUGGUUGGCAAACAAAACACCACGCAUUUUUACAAGGAUUACAACUAAUAUUGUGUGUACAGAAUUAUGUCAAUACAUGCUGAAUUUGUUUUUGAAACCUGCUCGUUUUGAUCGAAUAUCUCUACUGUAUCGUUCUUGCCCGAAUUUGAAAAUUUACUCCACCACUGGGCUAAGAUCGCUAAGUCACCUAGGAGCAGCCAGUCGUAUGUCUAAAUUGUUAUUACACGUGUAUGUGUUACUAGUAUGUGUUAUCAAAAGGAACAAAAGAAGUGUUUUAUUGUAGCAUGAUAAUUUUAUUUUUUGAAAUUGAAAUUGAAAUACAAAACAAUAGCCUAAAUGUCAGACAUACUAAUAUUAUUUAGUGAUUAGCUGUAUAUAUUAAAAUUUCUAAUAUAUCUACUGUGCAUUAAAACGUGUUACUUUAUUCAUACGUUUAUAUAUUUGAAAAACAGAUAUAUCGAAAGAAAACCUUUAAUCUUUAAAAAUGGAGAGAUACCCAAAUUUCUGUGAAUGCGAAGCGGAGCGGAUAAUUUUAACAUGCUCAUAUACCACUAAGGUUUCGAGCAUGUCUAUCCCGGAACCUGUCUCUGGAUAGCCAGGGACUUGACCCGGGACAGAAUAAUUACCAGGACAGUUUUGAAAUUUAAGUCCAAAAGAUAUAUGGGGAAAAUUAUAAUUAAAUUUUUGAAGCGCAUUUCUAAUAAAAACUUUAUAAAAUAAAAAUAUUAAUUUUUAAAAUUUUCACGCAAUUUAUUCCGUGAAUGCAAUGACACCCAUAGAAAUCAGCAUAUAUACACUUGAUACUGCACAAGUCCACUUUUCUAUUUAAUAAGCAAGUAGUUUAGUUCGAGUUUUCUUAAAGGCGCAUACCCUAGUUUCAUCCCAUGAAAAUGGACACUAAGUUUAGUUGAUCUACAAACCUGCAACACACAUUUGGGUAACUUAAUAAUGGAGAGAAACUAAAGUCUGUAAUACUUAAACAGGGAAAUUCCGUUUCAAAAUAACUUGAGCUUGUCUUUAUAACCAUUAGUUCUAAGACAAACGUGCGUUUUUAGAAAUUAGGGUCUGUCACUUUAAGGUAGGUAGGUAACUACAGGUUUAACAUGCUCAUAUACCACUAGGGUUUCGAACACUCUGUCACUUUAAAGGUUUCUUUUGACAGUAUCAACUUUAAAAGACUAAUAAUCGCUACAAGUUCACAAUUAGAUUUUGUCUCACUUCUUUGAAAUUAUCUGGCUUGCGUAAUGGCAGUGCUCAGCGUUGCCCAUGUGGAUUUAAAGAAUGUAUAGUAUCGAUGAAAAACGUUUGAAAGAUUAUUAAGCAGUAUUUGUAAUAAGAGAAAAAUUAGUUUACUUGUGUUCAGAUAAGCUUGGUGACAUUUUACGAGGAGUUCGGUCACAUUUACAUUAGGUUGAUCUGAGCAAUAUGAAAACGUCGUUUACUCGCUAUCCUUUUAAUUGACACCUUGCCUUUCGGUUUGCUCAACGUUACUUCUUGUUCACAAACGUUAUAUACGUGGUUGUGUUUAUUAUUUAUUAUAUGUACUAGGGAUAAAUUAAAUGUCUCCUGCUGUCGGGCAAAACCACAAAAGCCAAAGUGUGUGUAGGUAGCGGAGGGGGGGGGGGGGGGCGAGGGAGGGAGGCGAGGGUUAUUGUGCAACAAAAUCAAAUGACAUCUCCUUUAUGCGCGCGCGCGCGUGUGUGUAUGUGAGAGAGAGAGAGAGAGAGAGAGAGAGAGAGAGAGAGAGAGAGAGAGAGAGAGAGGUGUACUGGCUGGAACAUAAAAAUAGCCCAGUGGGCUCACCGACGGGGAUCAAUCCCAAACCGACCGCGCAUCAAGUAAGCGCUGUUUACCACUGGGCUACGCCCCGCCCCUUGGUGUAAUGAAGCAUAGAGUCAAAGUAUCAUCAUGGCUAAGUUUGCCUUGCAGGCUGUUAGCUGGCGGUUAUCGGAACCGCUAAUGUUACUCUUCUGUACUUACCCUCUAUUUGCACUCGGCGAGCGUAAUUCAAUCAACUAGGCUUGGACUGGCAUUUCCCUGAACGCACGCGAAACAUUUUCAUUUAAAGGUACUCUUACAACAUUCUUUGAUAUUUCUUAAUUAUUAUUAUUAUUUUAUUUUUUUUAACUUUCAAGAAAUAAUAAUUUUACAUAUUUAGUCAUGUGGAAUUUAUUACCAAGUGUAUAAAUUCGUCCGGCAAUAGUUGUUCAAGGCAUAGUUAAAUUAACCCUGGGUUAGUUUAUUAUUUUCCUUUAAAUUAGUUUUGCACAGAUACAAAAUAAACUUUAGAUCUGACUGUGUAUGGAUACCUUUAGUUAUUCUAAAUCCAUUUUUAACAUUAUGCUUUUAAUUAUUUAUUUGUAUUGAUUCAAUCCAUGGGUUUAAAAUUUUCAGUUAACCACGGGUUAACAUACCUAACGUUUGAACAACUAUAAUUUUAAAAAUCUUAUUUAGACACGUGUUCACAAUCACUCGUAGUGUUCAGAAUUGACAAACAUCCUGCAUCAUCCAACUUUUGGACCCAGUGGUAAAGCACUCGCUUGACCACGACUGGUACAUCAAAGGCCGUGGUAUGUGCUAUCCUGUAUAUGGGAUGGUGCAUAUAAAAGAACCCUUGCUACUAAGCGAAAAGAGUAGCCCAUGAA